UUUCCUGCGCACACCCCUUUCCUCCUCCCUUCCUUCCAGUCUACUCCUUCUCCCUCCUCCACCUCUCCCAAAUCACCGAAGCCGUCGCGAAAUCGGCAGAUUUGCGCCGCGGGAGCGCGCCGACGACGGGCCGAUGGCCGCCGCCGCGUUCUCCAUCAGGGAGUACGCGGCGAGCAUGAGGGGCGGGACGGCGAAGGAGGGGCGGCGUUUCUUGGGAAUCGAGGAUCUCCCGCCUCUCGGAGCGCCGAGGUGCCGGUGGUGGGCGGACGAGCUCGCCUCCACCGUGGCUGCUGCAGCUGCGGCGGUGGCGUCCUCGAGGAGGGCGCAAGGGAAGGCGAAGCCGCCGAAGAAGCGGUCCAUCUCCGACCUCUUCGCCGCGGCGCCCCCUUUGGCCGUGCCCCCCGCCGGUGAUACCGGAUGCAAAGAGCAAAUGGAUUUGGACGGCGACGAGGCGCUGUGCGCGAUCGCGAGGCGGGCGAAGGAGGAGAAGAAACGAAAGAGAAAGCUGCAAGAAGAGGAGGAGGGGCAGAAGGAGGAGACGGCGGCAGUUGAUGCCGCGCCGGAGAGCAGCGGAGGCCGAGAGCCCGAGGGGAAUUUCGCUGCAAGAAAGUGCUCUUCAAUUCUGCAGGAAGCACUUGAAAAUCCAAACCUGUUUGAUGGACUGGAUACUCACUCAUUACAGAAACCUGAGGCUUCACAACAUCACAGAGAAGAGAGAGAAAAGAUAUCUGAGAGAAGGAAGCAGGGGAAGAUCAAUAAUAUAACCAAGAAGAAGGCUAACACACAAAAGCACAUCGGCAACAGUAAAGCUGACAAAGUGGGGAAACCACGAGAUCUAGAAAAUUUUAUCCCUAGGCAUGGCAUUCUAAAGUGCACAAAGCACACAUCAGUGAAAAUGGUCAAGGAGAAACGUGGCAAUUCAGAAGGCAAGGAAGUAAUAGAACUCUGCCGCAAAUCAGUGAAACGUGUCAAAUUCUCAGAAGCAGAUGCUAUACUUGAGCUACCAGAACGACAAAGUCUCUGCAAGAUGUUUUCAGAUGUUAUGGCUUCUUCAUCGUCGUCCUCGUCAUCAUCAUCAUCAUUCACGUCUACCGAAGGAGACAAAUGCGUAACUGCAGAAAGUGGUAGUUCUCAUAUGCCCAUGGAAGCUUCCACUAAGGCGAAAGCAAAUAAGAAUUCAGAUCAUGAGGAUUCUCCUGACAAAAGCAUAACUGCAGAAAGUGGUAGUUCUCAUAUGCCCAUGGAAGCUUCCACUAAGGCGAAAGCAAAUAAGAAUUCAGAUCAUGAGGAUUCUCCUGACAAAAGCAUAACUGCAGAAAGUGGUACUUCUCAUAUUGCCAUGGAAGCUUUCACUAAGACGAAAGAAGUAAAUAAGAAUUCAGAUCAUGAGGAUUCUCCUGAGGCUGGUAACAGAGAGAUGGCCGCUCCUCUCAUUGAUCUGAAUAUGGCGUUACCGGAACCUACUGAACUGGACCAAAGGUAUGAUUCAUAUUCAGAGGUGCUAAAUCUGGAGCAUACACAUGAGGAAACUUUAAGUUCUAAUGUCCAAUUGCAUGAUGGGAGAGAAAACCUGAAGAUUUUUUCUGUUGAUUCACAUAGGCUGGAAAGCGAACAAUCUACUGCUGACUUGGAAAGAAUAACGAAUUCAAGUUUGGCAGGCACAUUAUUGCAUGGUGAGGCGAUAAAAGUUUCUGAUGUAGAUGCUGCUGGUUCUCCAUUGAGCUUAACUGAACUUGCAGAGACUCGUCGUGGUUGCAGUAAUGUUUCAGUAAAAGAUACUAUGACUAUGAGUACGUCUCCUUGUGCAUUGCCAGAUCACACAUUUCCGGAUUCAUUUCGGCAGCACCAGAGUUGGUUUUCCACAAGCGGCAAAUUUUCUUCCUGGCCAUCUCAUGAAUCUAAUGUGUCACACAGUAAGGAGUUCAAUUUUCGUUCUGAGUUGAACAUUCCGCGUGAGAAUGGACCUUCCACAGGACCGACAGUUCGUUUGAUGGGUAAAGAUCUUUCAGUUUGCACGACCAGAGCUGAAUCGUUUUCCGAGACUGCGCAGAAGCAUACAGGUACUUUUACCAAUGACUAUCUCAAGGCAAAUGUGUUCUUGCCACAACAAGGACGGCCUUUUCUCUCUUUACAAGCUCAGAAUUUCCCCAAGGAUACAGCAAAUUCCACCAGUAUAAUUCAUGCUUCAACAUAUCAUGCAAGCGCAAGUCAGGCACGGACUACACAUGAUUAUGGCCACCCUGUCCCGGCAGCUAAUGUACUUUCUGGAGAUCAGUUGACAUAUGAGAACAGGUUUUUUGAUUUUUCAAACUCGCAGACCAAUCGGCCUUUUCUAUUGGGGUGCCCACCUCCUCUCAAUCGUGGCAGUACAGCAUCCCAACAGAAUUCCCCGUCGCGCCGUUAUUACUCUGAUCCUAUCCCUAGGACAGAACCACCCACAGCAUCACCUUUGCCUACAACCAGACAGCAUGGUACAUCAUCUUUAGGUUUCCAUGCCAAUUUGCCUCAGCAACAUGUUGUGCAUCCAGCAAGCUCGUCAGUUUGUCGUCUUAAUUCUGUGGAUUUUACAUUCAACCAUCCAGACCGGGUAGUUCAUACACCUUCCAACAGCAUAAGAGAUGCAACCCUUUCGGCAAGAAAUACAGAUAACACAGUGGGGAGCGCUGUUCUUGGCAAUUUUAAUGCUUCACCUAGUGGUCGGUAUGUGCAGAAGAGAUCAGGGCCAGUGAAGCUCACUCCUGGGGCGAAGCAUGUACUGGUGCCAAACGAUAGCACAGGUGACGGCGAUUCUGCGCCUGUGUACUCCUGUGUUUCGUUCGGAAGUAGGAGCACAAAUGCUGCAGGUCCUCAGAACAAAGGAGCAUGAUACCCUUUGUGGAAUUUUUGCUUGGUUGCAGUUGCAUGAAUCUAUAAAACAUCGGCACUGUUUUUAUUCAAUUUCAUUCAUUUAGUUGGAACCUUUUGAAAAAUGUUUGUUACAUUUUUUUGUUUUUAACAGUUGGGAUACUUCAAAUGCUGCUUCGUUAGUAGUUAUUUCGUCAGCUGAACCUGAAUCAAUGGCUGGUAUAGCCUAAGACAUGUACUCUGUUAUAUUUCUGUAUUGUUACUCUUGGUCUGGAAGCUAAAUAAAUGUUAUUGGCAGAAAAUGUUACCUACA